GUUUGCUCGUCCAAGUUCCGUCUGUAGAAGAACGCGCCCGACCUAAGCUAUGACCCAAUAGCCCAACCAGUCCAGGGACGUCAGGUUUCGCUAUCGGGGCCGGUCGCCGAUCUAUCGGCGACGCAUCGCCGAUCCCAGGUCGGUGCUUCCCCCCCCGAGGUGUUUCACCCCUCACUCUUACCCUUCAACAGGCUGGAGAACGUGGACGUGUACGGCUACGCCGUGGGCGCGCCUGACGACCCGAAGAGGGUGACCAUGUCGCUCAACCCCGUCAACAAGGGCGGCUCCACCGUCAAGGGCAACAAGCCGUUUACCGAAAUGGGCGGCGACGAGCUGCAGGAUCACUUCCACCCGCAGAAGAGGGAGCGCAUGUAUGCACCAAAGGUUGUGGUGAAGGAGUACGAGGUGCAGACCACCACAGGCGACCUCCUGCUCAGGUACAAUCCGGCGAUGAAGGCCAUCAUGAUCGCCAAGGUCGACAUCGAGGGCCACGAGGGCCACUUCCUGAAGGGCGCCUCGCUGCUCUUCUCGAAGUUCCCCCCGUGCGUCAUGACAAUCGAGCUCAUCCCGGAGUGGCUGGAGCGCGCUGGCACUCCGGCGAAGGAGGUCAUUGACAUGCUGGCCGGUUGGGGCUACAAGGACGUCCCCUCCGUCGCUCAGUUCAAGAAGCUGGGCACCAGGACCAUCAUGCAGACGGACAUGACGACGUGCGUGGAGCGCGUGCGGGGUCACUCUGGUGUGCAGCCGACCUGAUCCGGGCGUGGGGCCGAGCGCUGCGCGCUCCUGGAGCAUAUAUGGCCCCUGCUGCGUGGAGGGCGGCGCGCUCUCGUGCCACCACCACCCCUGCAGGAGGAGGAGGAGGAGCUUGGAGGAUGAGGGGAAAGUGGCAGAGGACGCGUUUAGCAGCUGGCUCCCUUCGUGCGUGAGGCAGGCUGCCGGCCUCGUGCAGGCCUGCGCGUUGCCUGUUGCCCCGGUGCGCAUUUUUCCGCGAGCCGUUCGGGCCGCUGCCGUAGCGCUCCUCUCUCAUCCUUCCAUCUCCCUCCCUCCUUCCCCCCGCCCGCUUCUUGCGCCAGGCGGGAAGGAAGUAGGCCCGCGCUCGGUAGUCGGUCGGAUCUUGAUUGAGGUCCCAGGCUUCGUGAAGGGCAUGGAACAGCUUCUCCUUCCAAUCGCAUCAGGCGUCGAUGACCUCCCUCGUCCACUUCUCCUCCUCCCCCCCUCCCGGUUCUGCGGCCGGAGAGGGCCUCCUGCAACUCCACGAGUGGAGGAGGCCCGCGUGGGCGGCUCCUCCGCCGAGGGGCAGCCUGCUGCCUCUGCGGGCCUCCCGCAGAUGGACCCCCGCUAGCGGGAGGCCCGCACCAGCUGCCAUGGAGGUAAAAGCAAUGAUCUUGGCAUUGCCGCCGAGGCCUCUUGGAGCGUCUUGGGUGCCUCUGGGGGGCCUCUUGGGGCCUUUUGGGGGUCUCUUGGGAGGGUGGUGCCGUGUCCUGGGCCGUGUGGCCGCCCCCGCUUGGCGCGCGGUUGCGCGCUGUGCAGGGCCCCUGGGAAGGGCGCGAGGGCGUGGUGAUGACCGUGGGCUCGGCCGCCGUGACGGUCAGGCUCGACAGGCUCGCCGUGCCGAAGGGCAAGAUCGUCCCGGUCUUCCUCGACGACCUGGCGGGGUCGUGGGAGGCUCUCGACUGAGGGCCAGCCUCCAGCGUGGCGGAGUCCGCGGCGUUGGAUCAGGGGUGAA